GAUCCUUUCCGAAAAGGUGAUUGGGGAGGAGGGACUUUAUUUUGAAGAACUCAUGUAAAACUGGGGGGUGGCGAAGCAACGCUGGAACUGUGACAUCAUCCUGCAAACAGGGGCCAGGAGAAACAACCAGUCGCCGUUUGUGCAAGUCUGUUUUUCAUUUACAGUUGGGGUCAGUCAGUGAGGAGGCCUUGAGUGUUAGUUAUACUGGAGACAAUCCAGCUUUGCGCUGCAUCUUCCACCAAAGGCAGCUCAGUUCUCCACUUCUCCAGCUCAACUGCAAGAACUGCUAGAGGAUUUUCGUAGAAAUACCACUCAAAUCCCAACUUCCUCCCCUUCGUUGUGGAGAAAAGCACUGGGGGGGGGGGAUACAGGAAACUUUAACAAAAUGAAGAGAUGAGUUUAAUGAGCAAAUGAUACGCAAGAUCCUGGAAUUCCUAACUUUAGAUAUACUCAGGGAUCUAAAAACUGGUGCUUUGAAAAACUAGCCAGCUCACCAAACAAACAAAAUGAGGAAACAUCGACAUUUGCCCUUAGCAGCAAUCUUUUGUCUUUUACUCUCAGGCUAUUAUAUUGCUGAUGCCCAGCAGCAGGAAGUUGAUGUCAAAAUCGGUGGUGGUGCUGCUGAUGUAAUAUUUCUAGUGGAUUCUUCUUGGAGCAUUGGAAAGGAGCAUUUCCAACUUGUUCGGCAGUUUCUGUAUGAUGUUGUAAAACAAUUAGAUGUGGGUGGAAAUGAUUUUCGGUUUGGUCUGAUCCAGUUCAACGGAAACCCGCAUACAGAAUUCCAGUUAAACACGUAUCAUACUAUACCAGAUGUUCUCUCCCAUAUUUCACACAUGCCUUAUAUGGGGGGAGGAACCAGGACUGGACAAGGAUUAGAGUUUCUAAUUCGGAACCAUCUAUCUAAAGCUGCUGGAAGCAGAGUGAGUGAUGGCACUCCUCAGGUUAUUAUAGUGUUAACGGAUGGACGAUCCCAAGAUGACGUGGCUCUGCCGUCAUGUGUUCUUAAAUCUGCUGAUAUAAAGAUGUUUGCCAUUGGAGUGCAGGAUGCAGUGGAAGGGGAGUUAAAGGAAAUAGCAAGUGAACCCAUUGAUACGCACUUGUUCAACCUAGAGAAUUUUACUGCUCUCCACGGCAUUGUAGGCGACUUAGUUGCAAGUAUUCGCUCAUCUGUAACUCCAGAAAUGGCUGGAGCAAAAAGAGUGAUUAAAGACAUCACAGCGCAAGAAUCUGCUGACAUUAUUUUCCUUAUUGACGGAUCAAACAACAUCGGCGCUGUCACUUUCGCAGGCAUUCGUGAUUUCCUUGCAAAUUUUAUUGAAAGACUCUCAGUUGGAGCUGAGCACAUACGCAUUGGGGUGGUGACGUAUAGUGAUCGACCCAGAACUGUAUUCUUCUUGAACAGCUACACCCAAAAAGCCGAUGUUCUAGAUGCAGUGAAGGCCCUUAGUCUCCUUGGUGGAGAGGAAGCUAAUAUUGGGGAAGCUCUUGAGCAUGUUGUGCAAAACCACUUCACCAAAUCAGGAGGCAGCAGGAUAGAGGAAGGCGUGCCACAGGUUUUAGUGCUGAUAAGUGGCAGUGAGUCUAGUGAUGACAUUAGAGAAGGGGUUUUAGCCGUGAAGAAAGCUAGUAUAUUCUCAUUUAGCAUUGGGGUUCCCAAUGCUGACAAUGCAGAGCUUCAGCAAAUUGCUACUGAUGGAAGCUUCGUAUUUACUGCCCUGGACACACGUAACCUUGGCGAACUUCAAGACCUCUUACUGCCAAACAUUGUUGGAGUGGCCCAAAGGCUAAUUUUGUUAGAUGCCCCAACCAUUCUUACUGAAGUUGUUGAAGUCAAUAAGAAGGACGUAGUAUUCCUGAUAGAUGGCUCAACAGCCUUGGGAACUGCCCCUUUUAAUGCAAUUCGUGAUUUCAUUGCCAAAAUCAUCAACAAACUGGAAAUUGGACCAGGCCUCAUUCAAGUUGCAGUGGCACAAUAUGCAGAUACUGUAAGACCUGAGUUUCAUUUCAAUACUUUCCAGUCCAAAAGAGAUAUCCUUGCAAAUGUCAGAAAAAUGAAGCCAGUUGGUGGUGCUGCUCUCAACACAGGCUCUGCACUGAGGUAUGUUAAAGAUAACUUCUUCACCAGUGCUGUUGGAUACAGGAUUGAUGAAGGCAUACUGCCAAUGCUGGUCCUUAUUACUGGUGGUAAGUCAAGAGAUGAUGUUGCCCAACCAGCACAAGAAGUGAAAAGAAGCGGUAUAUUAGUCCUUGCUGUUGGAUCCCAAAACGCAGAUGGUGCUGAACUAGAACAAAUCGCCUACGAACCAAACUUGGUAUUCAGUCCUUCGGAGUUCCGCACAGUUGUACUGCAAAAAAUUCUUCCUGAUGUUUUGACACCUAUAAGAACACUCUCUGGAACUCUUGUGGAAAUACCACAAGAAGUUCUGGUAAACAAAAGAGAUAUCAUCUUUCUUUUGGAUGGAUCAGCCAACGUUGGAAAUGCCAACUUCCCGUAUGUCCGUGACUUUGUUUUGAGCCUAGUUAACUCCCUUGAUGUUGGAAUUGAUGAUAUACGAAUCGGCUUAGUGCAAUUUAGUGAGAAUCCAAAAACGGAAUUCUUUUUAAACACUUUCCUAACCAAGUCAGACGUACUUGAUCGUCUAAGGCAGUUGAGACUCCAAGGGGGAUCAGUACUGAAUACUGGCUCUGCACUAGACUUUGUUCUUACAAAUCACUUCACUGAAGCCGGUGGGAGUAGGAUAGAUGAAAACAUUCCUCAGGUGCUAGUCUACUUUGCAGCAGGGCAGUCUGUCGACUCAUUCGAGCAGGCUGCCAAUGCAUUAGCUCGUGCAGGAGUGCUGACCUUCUGCGUCGGUGUUAGAAAUGCCGAUCUGGCACAACUUCAGCAGAUUGCAUUUAAUCCACAAAUUGUAUAUUUUAAGGAUGAAUUCAGUUCUCUGGCAUCUUUACCACAGGAAUUGAUUAGGCCACUAACAACGUAUGUUAGUGGAGAUGUUGAAGAAGUGAUAAUCCCAUCAGCAGGAAACAAGAUUGAUAUUUUAUUCUUGAUUGAUGGCUCAUCAAAUGUUGCGGGUCAGUUUCCCAUUGUUCGGGAUUUUUUGCACCGAAUUAUUUCUGACCUGAAUGUUGGUCCUGAUGCCAUACGUGUAGCUGUGGCUCAGUUUAGUGACAACGUGCAAGUCGAGUUCAAUUUUCAUGACAUCCCAUCCAAGCAAGAUAUCCUUCAGAAGGUGAAGAGAAUGAAGAUAAAAACAGGGAGGCAACUGAACAUCGGCGCUGCAUUAGACUAUGCCAUGAAGGAAAUCUUUGUGAGGCAAGCUGGGAGCAGGGUUGAGGAAGGAGUGCCACAACUCCUUAUGUUCCUUGCUGCUGGGAAAUCAAGUGAUAGUGUGGAUGAAACUGCUGAUGCUCUGAAACAAGCUGGAAUUGUUACGUUCAUUAUCAAAUCCAGGACCGCAGAUCUUGUCGAAUUAGAAAGGAUAGUUUAUGACCCUCAGUUCAUUCUAACUGCCGACCCCCUUUCUAGAAUUGGAGACCUACAACCUCAAUUAGUCAAUCUAUUGAAAACCAUUGAAUUUAAGGAUACAGUUGAAGUUCAGAAGAAGGAUGUUGUGUUUCUGAUAGAUGGUUCCGAUGGCAUCAGAAGUAGUUUCCCAGAGCUGAAGUCCUUUGUACAAGGAGUGGUUGAUAGUUUGGAUGUUGGUCCUGACAGAGUCCGGGUUGCUGUGGCCCAAUACAGUAAUACUGUAAAACUGGAGUUUCUUCUGAACCGUUACUCAGAUAAGACAGAUGUGACCAGAGCCAUCCAGAGAUUGUCUGCUGUGGGAGGCUCUUCACUUAAUACAGGGGCUGCCCUUAACUACCUUAUUAGCAAUGUAUUCACAAGCCAGGCUGGAAGCAGGGUGUCUGAAGGUGUCCCACAGUUCUUGAUCCUGCUUACAGCUGAAAAGUCAAGCGAUGAUGUCAGAAGGCCUGCUAUGGAUCUGAAGACGAAGGGUGCUGUGCCUUUUGGCAUUGGAAUUAGAAAUGCAGAUAUCACUGAGCUGCAGACAAUUUCUUUUGUUCCUGAAUUUGCUGUCCUUGUUCCUGGUGUCACUCAGCUGAGCACCUUACAGCAGCUCAUUUCAGAAAGAGUGUCUCGACUGACCAGGGCAGAAAUAGAAGCUUUGGCCCCAGAGUUGAUUUUUCCACUCCCUAGCCCAGGAGAAAUAAAGAGAGACGUCGUAUUCCUUAUUGAUGGCUCCCAGUUUGCAGCUUCUGAAUUCACUUCUGUUCGUGAGUUUAUUGAGAGGCUUGUAAGCAAUAUGAAUGUGGGUUCUGAUCAUACGCGGGUAGCUGUGAUUCAGUUCAGUGAAGAUCCCAGGGUUGAAUUUCUGCUGAAUGCACAUUCUACCCAGGAUGAGGUACAAGCUGCAGUAAGAAGGCUAAGACCCAAGGGAGGGAGGCAAGUGAACCUUGGAUCUGCCCUAGAAUAUGUGUCGAAGAAUAUAUUUACAAGGCCCUCAGGGAGUCGCAUAGAAGAGGGUGCACCUCAGUUUUUAAUCCUUAUCGUUUCCCGCCAAUCUGAUGACGACACAGAUGAUCCUGUACUCCAAGUUAAACAAGUUGGCGUGGCACCAUUUACUAUUGGAAAGAAUGUGGAUCCUGAGGAAAUGGUUAAAAUAGCUCUUGGUCCUGAGUACGUGUUCCAAGUAUCAACCUACCAAGAUCUACUUAAUUUGGAGCAGAAAUUGCUAACCCCUAUUAAAACAUUAACUACACAGCAAAUACAAAGACUCAUUGGUGAUACAAGUCGUCCUGCCGAUACUGACAGUGAAGCAAAGGACAUUGUUUUUGUCAUCGAUAGCUCUACCAAUGUCAGGCCAAAUGACAUUGUUCACAUUCGAGAUUUCAUCUUGCGGAUUGUCGAAAAGUUAGAUGUUAGACCAAGAAAAGUGAGAAUUGGUGUUGUCCAGUUCAGCAAUGAUGUGUUCCCUGAGUUCUCCUUAAAUACUUACCGAACCCAAAAAGACGUCCUACAAGCCAUACGCCGCUUGCGGCAUAGAGGAGGUUCUCCUCUGAAUGUUGGGAAAGCUUUGGACUUUGUUCUGAAGAACCACUUUGUUAAAUCUGCAGGAAGCAGACGAGAAGAUGGAAUCCCACAGCAUUUAGUUCUUUUGCUGGGGGGGAGAUCCCAGGAUGAUGUCAGAAGACCUUCUGUUGUGCUGCAGUCUUCUGGGAUUAAAAGCCUGGGUGUAGGAUCACGGAAUGUAGGCAGUCAAGAACUGCAAAGAAUUACCAAUGAUCCCAGAACUGUAUUUGUCGUGAGGGAGUUUGCUGACCUCCCAACGAUAGACAGAAGGUUUUUUGCAUCAUUUGACGCACCUCAAGAACCAACACUGACACCACCUGAUGUUGUUACCAUUGGUGGUAAAAAACAAGCAGACAUUGUCUUUUUGCUCGAUGGCUCCAUCAACUUUGGGAAAGACAAUUUCGAAGAAGUAACUAGCUUUGUAUAUGGCAUUGUUGAUGCUAUUUAUGAAGAAGGUGAUUCCAUUAGAGCUGCUGUAGUGCAGUACAACUCAGAUGUGAGUGAUGAAUUCUUUUUGAAGGAUUUCUCUGACAAAGAACGGAUCUUAGAUGCGGUUAAGAAAGUAGUGUACAAAGGAGGCAGAGUGGCCAAUACUGGAGCAGCCGUCAAGCACAUCCACGCGAAACACUUUGUAAAGGAAGCUGGCAGCAGGGCAGAUCAAAAAGUCCCUCAGAUUGCUUUUAUUAUAACAGGAGGCAAGCCGGAGGAUGAUGGGCAGGCAGCUUCCUUAGCGCUGGCACAGUCAGGUGUCAAAGUGUUUGCAGUUGGAGUGAAAAACAUUGACCUUGGUGAAGUUUCCAAACUCUCCAGUGACAGCACCACAGCUUUUAGGGCUGCAACGGCCCAGGAACUCUCUGAGUUGAAUGAGGCAGUGUUGGUUACGUUGAAUGAUGUCAUGAAAGAGCAGUUGUGCCAAGGAGUGGGAGAAGUCUCAAAAGAUUGCAAUCUGGAUGUUAUACUUGGAUUUGAUGUCUCAGAUGUUGGACCAGGGCAAAAUAUAUUUAAUGUGCAGAGAGUGCUGGAAUCAAAGGUCGAAGACAUUCUGAACAGGAUUACUCAAAUGCAGAAAAUUAGCUGCACUGCCAACCAGGCCCCUACUAUACGUGUGGCUCUUCUGGCACAGACUCCCUCUGGAGUCGUGGAAGCAUUUGACUUUUCUGAGUAUCAGCCAGAGUUGUUUGAAAAGUUUCAAGCCUUGCGCAGUGGUGGUCCAUAUAUCUUAACUGCAGAGACCCUCAAAUCUUACCAGAAUAAAUUCAGAACAUCUCCUGCUGGAAGUGUAAAGGUGGUGAUACACUUAACUGAUGGCAUUGAUGGUGCUAGGGGUCAGCUAGCAGCUUCAUCUGCUGAUCUAAAGAGAGAAGGUGUCAAGGCCCUCAUUUUAGUUGGGUUGGACCGAGUAGCAAAUUUUGAAGAAGUGAUGAAGCUGGAAUUUGGGCGUGGUUUUACUUACAAUCGACCUCUUCGAGUGAAUCUGCUGGAUUUAGAUUUUGAAUUGGCAGAGCAACUGGACAAUAUUGCAGAAAAGGCAUGCUGUGGAGUCCCAUGCAAAUGUUCAGGACAGCGGGGAGACAGAGGAUUGCUAGGCUCAAUUGGACCAAAGGGAGUUCCAGGGGAAAAUGGCUACAGAGGCUAUCCAGGAGAUGAAGGUGGACCGGGUGACCGUGGGCCACCGGGUAUAAAUGGAACUCAGGGAUUCCAAGGUUGUCCUGGUGAAAGAGGAACUAAGGGAAACCGUGGAUUUCCAGGGGAAAAGGGUGAAGUGGGAGAGAUUGGCCUUGAUGGAAUAGAUGGGGAAGAAGGAGACAGAGGCCUUCCAGGUUCUUCAGGGGAGAGGGGAAGCCUUGGUAGACGGGGUGGCAAAGGAGUCAAAGGAGAAAGAGGAGAGCGAGGUGACUAUGGACUGCGAGGAGAUCCGGGUACAUCAGGAACUGAUGUCACUCAGAGAGGACCAAGAGGCCAAAAGGGUGAACUUGGACCAGUGGGAGAACCUGGAGUAGAUGGGCCAGCAGGUGCUCCAGGGGGACCUGGAAGGAAUGGAGGAUUGGGCAGAAGAGGACCUCCAGGGGUCAAAGGCAACAGAGGUUCAGCAGGUCCACCAGGAUCUGUGGGAGAACUGGGCACAAGAGGGCCACAGGGACCACCCGGCCCCACUGGAACUCCUGGUAUUCGAGGAGAGCAAGGCAUCCCUGGCCCAAGAGGUGGUGGAGGCCCACCUGGAGCUGCAGGGGAGCGUGGCAGGCUUGGUCCUCCUGGUAAAAAGGGUGAACCUGGUGAUCCAGGUCCAAAGGGGCCCAAUGGUCCUCCUGGUCCUCGAGGAGAGACGGGAGAAGAUGGGCGUGAUGGAGUUGGCCAGCCAGGAGCUAAAGGCAGAAGGGGAGAGUCCGGUUUCCCAGGAUAUCCAGGACCAAGGGGUACGCCUGGAGAUCGUGGUGCUGGUGGAGACCCUGGCCCCAAAGGAAGCAGAGGUCACAGGGGAGGCGCAGGAGAGCCUGGCACACGAGGUCAGAAAGGAGAGAGAGGAUAUCCAGGAUCAGAUGGACUUAAGGGUAACAAAGGUGAAGCAAGAGAUCAAUGUACACUUGUACGCAACAUCAAAGAUAAAUGCCCCUGCUGCUAUGGUCCAACGGAAUGUCCAGUUUACCCAACUGAACUGGCAUUUGCUAUAGAUACUGCUGCUGGUGGAAGUGCAGAUGCUUUCAACAGAAUGAAGCAAGCAGUGUUGACGAUUGUUGACAAUCUCACAAUAGCUGAAAGCAAUUGUCCAAGGGGAGCCCGGGUUGCAUUAGUUACAUAUAACAGCGAAGUCACCACUGAAAUCCGUUUUGCUGACUCCCGAAGGAAAGGAAAUCUUGUGAAACAGAUUCAGGACCUCCAAAUUCCACAGACAUCAAAACAACGAAGCUUAGAAACAGCAAUGUCCUUUGUGGCCAGGAAUACCUUCAAACGUGCACGUAGUGGGUUCCUCAUGAGGAAGGUGGCUGUUUUCUUCAGCAAUGGACCAACCAGAGCAUCUCCACAACUUAAUGACGCUGUACUGAAACUUUACGAUGCUGGAGUUGUGCCUGUGUUCCUUACAUCCAGAGAGGACAGGGCCCUCAUAAAUGCACUGCAGAUCAACAAUACUGUAGGUGGGCAGGCCAUCACAUUUUCUGGCAAUGCUGCUCAACUGAACCAAACUAUUAGGAGAGUACUAUUGUGCCAUGUUUGCUUAGAUGUAUGCGAUCCUGAUUCUAGCUGUGGUCCCCAAAGGCCUGCUUUUGCCAGAGACAGACGGGCUGCUCCUACAGAUGUUGACAUUGAUCUAGCAUUCAUCCUAGAUAGCUCUGAAAGCACCACUCACCUGCAAUUCAGAGAGAUGAAGAACUACAUUUCAUACAUAGUCAGCCAACUGGAAACCAGCUCUGAUCCCAAGGCAUCCCUGCACCAUGCCAGGGUAGCUGUGAUCCAACAUGCUCCCUAUGAGUUUGAAUCAAACUCAAGUACACUGCCUGUCAAAGUUGAGUUGUCACUGACGGAUUAUGGAUCCAAAGACAAACUGAUGGAUUUUAUUAGCAACCAAAUGGCACAGCUUUAUGGCACGCUGGCUUUGUCAAGUGCAAUAAAAUAUACAACGAAACACAUUUUUGAGAGUGCACCAAAUCCUAGAGAUCUCAAAGUCAUUGUCUUGAUGAUGACUGGAGAGAUUAAAAAUGAAGAAGUUGAACACCUUCAGAGAGUUAUUGUAGAAGCUAAAUGUAAAGGAUACUUUUUUGUUAUCGUUGGCAUUGGCAGGAAAAUUAGCAUCAAGAGUAUCUACAGCUUGGCAAGUGAGCCCAACGAUGUCUUCUUCAAAUAUGUUGAUAAGCCAUCUGAGCUCCAUGAAGAGCCCUUGCUACGCUUUGGAAAUCUCUUGCCAUCUUUUAUUAGCAGUGAAAAUGCCUUUUACCUAUCUCCAGAAGUCAGGAAACAAUGUGAUUGGUUCCAGGGUGAUCAGCCAGUCAAAAGAUUUGGUCAGAAACAUUUAAACAUUCCAAAUAAUGUUACCUCCACACCAACGACUACAAAAGACAAACUGGAAGUGGUUAAGCAUACAGGUGAAAUCCAAAUAACCAACAUCACAGAAAACAGUGCUAAACUACACUGGGUGAACCCUGAGCCUCAACGUGGUUACAUUUAUGACAUCAGAAUCACCUCAGCACAUGACCACUCUUUAGUCUUGAAGCUCAACUUAACUGGUACUGAACGGGUCAUUGGAGGCCUUGGGAGUGGGCAAAAAUACCAUGUGUUUGUGACAGGCUACCACAAUGCAGAGGCCAAAGUAACCUACAGAGGAAUGUUUAGCACAAAGAGCAUGCCCUUGCCGAACCUACCUUCAGCAGCUGUAGCCAAUCUGAUGGUGAACGCUGAGCCAUUGGAAGGACCUGAAGCAGAUCCUUGCUUGCUGGACCUUGACAUGGGCACGCAGUGCAAGGAGUAUCAGGUUAAAUGGUUCUUUGACUACAAAAACAAGAUCUGCACCCAGGUUUGGUAUGGUGGGUGUGGCGGUAACGCCAAUAGAUUUGAGACAGAAGCUGACUGCAUUAGCAGAUGCUUGAAGCCAUCAGAUGAAAGAGUCAUGCAGCUGCCUGUCCUUGAGAAAAGUCUCUUAUCAGGACAGAAAGUGCACAAGAAGAAGUUACCCAGGAGGAAAUUACCCAGAAGGAAAUUGGAAAGCAGAGCAAAAAAGAUAGCAAGAGCAGCCACAGAUAUCUGUAACUUGAAAAAAGAAUACGGCACCUGCAGGGAAUUUGUCCUACAAUGGUAUUUUGACCAAAAGACAAAUAGUUGUGGUAGAUUCUGGUAUGGUGGCUGUGGUGGAAAUCAAAACAGAUUUAAGACACAGAGAGACUGUGAAAAAGUCUGCAUUUCAGCUCACGUCAAGUCUGGUGUUGUGACAACAAUAGGAACUUAAAUCACAGCAAAACAUCAACACAUACCUCUAAGAGAACUAGGAGUCAGCCAUUGCCAACAUACCCCUUGUAGAAGCUAAGGGUAUAGACUACCUUGCACUGUGUUAUUUCUGCUUUACGUUCCAAGCAAACCGUCAAGAAAGUGUUUUGCUGCAUGACUUUAUCAAUAUGGUGCUAAACUGUUUGUGAACUGAAUGCUAAAUGUGUCUGGGGUAUACUCUAUAUUUUCAACAUUAUGUAAUAUUUACCUACCACGGAUCUUACUUGUUUGAACAAAUGACAGUUUCCUUUGGAUUCCGGCAUCAUGCCUGUUUUGGGCAAGGUAAAGACCAGAAAACAAUGCGGAAAAAAAUCACUGCAACUGUUAUGUACUUGCUUCUGUCGUUUCCAUAACUGAGCAUAACGUUAGAUGGAAAGCCUUGUAUGAAAGGAGUAGUCCGUUCUGAAACACAAGCAGUCCAACUUUUCACACUGUUUUUAUUCUUGCUGGAUUAUACUCAUUCUCUUUUAGGCAUAUGUGAUCAAACCAUUAAAAAUGCGAAUUUCUUAGUACAGAUGCACUGCUGGGACCAACGACUGAGUUAAAGAAUUUUAAAAACAUGGUGUAGAAUGUUUUUGGCAAUCCUCUAAUGUUGUGUGUUUUAUUAAAACAAAAAAAUAUUUUUUUGGCAGGGGUGGAAUUCUAUUUUUGUUGUGAUUUUGUUUUUAGGAAAUCUAUACAAAAGAACUUUUAAAUAAAGUUUAAUUGUGGUUUUGAGAA